AUGGCGGCGAUGGCGAAUCUCGCUAACACCAUGGAAGCUAAUGCUGCUGCGACUCUGCAAGCAGUGCAAAGAUUGGGCCAACCAACUGGGAAUGGCAACGGAAAUGGGAAUGGCGAAGGGAAUACCAAUGAUAAUGCUGAGGGUAACGGCGAUAACACAGGAGGAGUUCCGAUGACCUUGGCGACGUUCCUCAAGGUUCAUCCGCCAACUUUCCGAGGAUCCACAGAUCCUAUUGAAGCAGACCACUGGUUCCAGGCUAUAGAGCGUGCUUUACAGGCGCAUCAUGUUCCUCUCAAUCAAUAUGUAGAGUUUGCCGCUUAUCAGCUAGCGGGAGAGGCCCAGCCCUGGUGGCAAGCUGAGUGUCGUUUGCUACAGCUUCAGAACGCCGACAUUCCAUGGGAGGUGUUCCAAACGGCUUUCUACAAGAAAUACUUUCCUGAGUCUGCAAGGGAAGCAAAGGAGAUGGAGCUAAUGCAGCUGAAGCAAGAGAUCCGUGUCUUCUCCGACUUGGUGAACAAAGCAAGGGUAGUGGAGGAGUAUGCCAAGACAGUGGCGGCAUCUAAGGACACUCAUGGAGGGAGCUCUAGUCGUGGGCGUGGCAAGUAUUUUCAUCCUAGAGGACAAAGCUUCAAAAGAGGGGGAUAUACUCCUCAAGGCCAAGGAGGCUUCAGAAAGAACAAUCAGAAUCAGUUUCAGCAUGCUAAAGGAAGAGGAAAUCAGAGUAAGAGUUAUCCGGAUUUAGCUUGUGAUCGUUGUGGACGUUUUCACCCUUAUGACUCAUGUAAGAUUGGUUUAGGUGGUUGCUUCAAGUGUGGGUUACCUGGCCACAUUGCGAGGGAUUGCCCUCGUGGGAGGAAUCAGAAUGCGGGCCAGAGUCAGCAUCAAGGUCGAGUCUUUGCUGUGAAUGCCAAGGAUGCUUCCAAGGCGGAUCCUUUGAUGAAAGGUAUAUGUCUAAUUGGUGAUAAAUCCUCAGUUGCAUUAUAUGAUACUGGAGCUUUGCAUUCGUUUAUUUCAUUUGCUAAAGUUGAGGAAUUAGGCUUGAAAGUAUCAGAGUUACCUUUUGAUCUACAUGUACAUACUCCGCAUCAAACAAUUAUGACUAGGUCAAGCUGUAGACAAGUAGGUUUCAAGCUUGAGGGUAGAGACUUUGUACACGAUUUGAUCUGUUUACCAAUGGUGGGGUUGGAGAUGAUUUUAGGGUUUGAUUGGUUGUCGAAGAACCGAAUUUUGUUGGAUUGCUUUGAACGGACAAUUCGGUUUAUGCCGGAAGGAGAAAAUGGAGCAGUGGUAGCUACAGGGUAUUACCUGAACUCUGUAAUGGUGCAUUAUAGUGGGGAGGAGUGUCAGGGUUAUAUUAUGUUGGCUGCCAAUGCGUUGGGCGAUGCCCAGAACAUAGAUCAAAUUCCGGUGGUUAGAGAUUUUCCAGAAGUGUUCCCGGAAGAUAUCCCUGAGUUCCCACCUCAAAGGGAAAUUGAGUUUGCGAUUGAAUUGGUGCCGGGAGCCGGACCACUGUCGAUUGCAGCGUAUAGGAUCGCUCCGAUAGAGCUGGCUGAACUAAAGACUUAG